AUGACAAUACAACGAAGAAGGCUGCUUGAAUCAACAAAUGCUUCACCACUUAAAGACGAUAAUUUAAACCUUACAGUAAAUCAAAAGACUUCUGUUGUCGACGCACUACAUGAUAAUUUGCACUACGUUUUUGAAACGGGACGGUUUCACUUACUGAGUUUCGAUUUACGAAGAUCUGUUCAAGAUCUUCUAGAUGUUUUAUGUUCAACAGUUAAUGGGGCCGGUUGUUCCAAAAGUUGCCCAACUCUCUUCCUUGCUGAAUGCGUACUUGUUUAUAUGUCUCCAGAGGCAAGCUGUCAGUUAAUAAAGGGUCUUUCGGUAAACUUCCCACGUGCUUCAUUCCUGCAUUAUGAACAGGUUAAUAUGAGCGAUUCAUUUGGUUCUAUUAUGAUCAAAAAUUUUCGUGCUCGUUCCUGUGAGCUUCCUGGUCUUGAUGCAUGUCAUUCACUGGCUACUCAAGAGGAACGAUUUUUUAAGGCUGGUUGGAAAAAAGCCAAAGGAUGGACUAUAAAUCAAGUUUAUAAGAUGUUACCUUCCAGUACUCGAUACAGAGUAGAACAUUUGGAACUAUUGGAUGACCUUGAAGUGACAAUGCAGUUGUUUGAUCAUUAUUGUAUUCUCCUGGCAACUAAUGAUGAAAUAAUCUGCCCAGAUGAACAGUUGAAAGAAUCAUUAGCCACUAUUGAGUAUUAUGUCCUUGCUAGUAGAAAUUUAAAAUAUAGAUGGGGUCAGUGGUCUUCGACACCCUUAACUUGUUCCGUUACUUGUGGUAAUGGAGUAAGAUGUCGAGUUCGAAGUUGUCUUGAUGGAUAUGGUAAUGUACAGUCAUCAACAGUGAUGUGUGAAAGUUCAAAUCCAUAUGAAUCUCAAGCUAAAGAAUGUAUACCAUGUUUUGUCAAUACACGUUGCCCACGUAUUCCAGGUUGGGGAACAUGGAGUUCAUGGUCAUCAUGUCUUCCCACAGGUGGGCAAAACAUUAAUGGGCAAGGAUGUCAUACAGGAAGUAGGACACGUUACCGAUUUUGUAACAAUCCUCCUCCAGAACCAUAUGGGUUCAAUUGUUCUGGGAUUAGCCAUCAGACUACAGAAUGUGAUCAUAAUUGUGUAGAUGAAGAUUUUAGUAGCCUUGAUGAUAUUGCUGACAAAAUAACUUUCCAGGUUGCAAAAGAUCAACUUAACUUGAAUGCAUAUCAAAAUAUUCUACGAAUGCAUGUUAAGCAAAGUGCUCGAAUGGACUGUGUAACACCAGCUUACAACCUUGCCAAAAAAUUAACUUCUCGAGGAAUUUUCGGUCUAACCUCUCGAUUAUUUAAAGAGCAUACUUUGACUAUAAAAUGGCUUAAAAAUGGAAGAUCGAUAAAUCCAACCGAUUCUGGCUCAGGAUCUAUAUCUGGCCGAUUUUACAGAACUAAAAAGCCUAAGAAUAAUCAAAAUAGACUGUUUGAUGAAGAAAUGAAAUGGAAUUUACUGCCAGAGAUAUCUUCAUUUUACAUGGAGGAUACAUAUUUAGUCUUUCCAAGUAUAGAUCACUAUGAUCAAGGUUUUUAUACCUGCCAAAUGACAUUUGGGAAUCACAAGUGGAAUACAAUCUUUUAUACCUUGAUUGUUACUGGUGUAAAAUAUAUUGCACUAGAAGGUAAUCCCUUUUAUCUUUAUUCUAAUCUAGGAUAUUUUAAUGCAUUGGAUAAUACAGCUGUUUGGAUGGAAUCAGCUCAAAUAGUAUGGAAGUUGAAUGGUUAUGAAUAUUCACGUAACUUAGCUUUACGAUUAAAUCGACGCAUUCAAUUAAUUCCUUAUUUAAAUUUAACACAUCAUGGAACAUGGAAAUGCUUUUUAUUUAUUCAAACGUAUCGUUUACCAAGUCAAGCCGAUAAUCCACGGACAUCUAUUAAUAGGAUAUAUUUAAUUAAUGAGUUUUAUUUAAAAAUUUAUCCAAUGCAACCUAGUUUAUGGCAAUCAAUUGAAUAUCCAAUCACAACUAGAGCAUUGAAACAAACAACUGUGAUUUUACUAACGAUUGGUUUGCUUCUGACUCUAAUUAUAUUAUUAAAUAUAUGGGCUGCUAGACGUUGGAUAAAACGAACACUAACAAUUGAUCAACAAAAGGCUAUUAUACAAGAAUUGUUAGAUAAUGAAUGUAGAUUAUUAUUGGCCUGUAGAAAACGGGCUAGUAUAAAUAAGAACAGAUUACUACCACUAAUUUUACAAGAAGACCAACGUUUACAGAAAGCUAGUAGAGCUUUAGGUUUAGAUAAUGAACAACAACAAAUCGAAACAAAUUAG